GAAAACGCGUGAAUGUGUAUCCUAUAAAAGCAAUGCCCCAACUAACUUGAAACGGACGAAAUCUCUCUGUAAUUAAUCUCUCUCUCUUCCUCCCAAAUCCUCAACAAUGGCGAAGAGCGAGCGCGAUUCGAAAGAGGACGUCGUUCCCGGAGGCCGUGUGGACGACGUGGAGAAGGUUUUCCGGAAGUUCGACAAAAAUGGCGACGGCAAAAUAUCGCUAUCCGAGCUCAGCACGAUUCUCAAUGCCGUCGGCCCUGUGACGCCACCGGAGGAGGUGAAUCACAUAAUGCUGGAGCUGGACACCAACGGCGACGGUUUCAUCGAUAAGAAGGAAUUCGCCGCUAUAUAUUGCCCCUCCAGCGGCGGCGACUCCAACGCCGAUGAAAAGGAGCUUCUGGAAGCCUUCAACCUAUACGACAUCGAUAAGAACGGGAAGAUCACUGUCAGUGAGUUGAAAUUGGUGAUGGAGAGCCUCGGAGAGAAGUGUUCGAGCAAGGACUGCAAACGCAUGAUCAGGAAAGUCGAUGUCGAUGGAGACGGCUGCGUUAACUUCGAAGAAUUCAAAAAAAUGAUGAGUAAGAGUUGAUUAACCGGACGUCUAGGUUCGUUUAUUAGGACUAAUCCUUUGUUUCAUCGGAUUAGAUGCGUAAUAUCGUUUUAUAUUGCUUGUGAUAUAGUCCGAAGUGUUAAUUUGUCAAGCAAUAAAAUGUUGAUAUAACUUAAUUUGAUUUUUUCUCUUAUCAUCUCUGAGGUCGAUGUUAUUCACUACGGAAUACGGAUUAUAUUACACAGUACUUCGGAUAUUGUGAGCCACUUUCAAAAGAUUUAAAACAGUUUCAUUGUACGUCUUUUUGAAAGGAAAACAGUUUAAUGCGGAGUAUGAAGUUGUUA